CAAGCUGCGCCUUCCUAACCAGUAAACCUCGCGUUGCGUGCAAAGCCUCAAAUUCCAAACAGUUGAUUGCUCCUUCUCUUAUUGUAGAACAGUAGUCGAGAUGAGAGGCUGAGGAUUGCCUGAAUGCGGACUCACAGGAAGCAGGCGCGCGGCUAUGCUGGUAUUGACCAAGACAUGAAUCAACUCAAGUGUGCCAGACUAGACUCCGGAAUACCCGUCCUAUUCCCUGAAAGUCUGUCUGCACUCGUUUACAGCUGACCCUUUACAUCACAAGACCAAGCUCACAAGGUCUUGGAUUCUUUUACAUAAGACCUUCCCCCUCUUCCAACUUACUCCUACGUGACUUCCUACACAAACAACUCGCGACCAAACAAUUUUCUAUCCAUCAAUCGACAAUCACAUAUCAUCAUAACAGACGACAUGCGCAAUCUCCUAGGCAGCAUCAAGCGCAAGGUCUCGACCAGCAGCAGUGGAAACGCACAAAACAACUCGCGCGCAUAUCCCACAAUCCAGGACCCUUACGGCACACCAUCAAGAACAGGCACCAUGAAAAGCCAAUACGACCCACCACCUCCAGCUGCAGCCCCUCUAGCUCAAGGCACUGCACCACCAGCAUACUCACCAGUCUCAAAUGCCGCACCCGUAGUCCCCUCAAUAGCUAUAUCAUCGCCGCAGAACCAAACAGCCGACGACCCCUACGCCUUUCUGAGCACCUUUGACACAAUCUUCCUAAUCGACGACUCCGGUUCCAUGGCAGGCAGCCGCUGGCGCGAAACUCAAGAAGCUCUAGAAGCAAUCACCCCCAUCUGCGUAGCCCACGACGCCGACGGCAUCGACAUCCUCUUCCUCAACAACCCAGAAAACCAAUAUCACAAAAACGUCACUUCGCCGGCUACUGUUCGCGAGAUCUUUUCUAGUGUGAGACCUCGCGGUGGAACACCUACUGGUCAACGUCUGGACUCUAUUCUGCGACCUUAUAUUCGCCAAUGCGAGCAAAGAGGUCCGGAAGCGGUGAAGCCAUUGAAUUUGAUCAUCAUCACCGAUGGCGAACCCAGUGAUGAUGUAGAAGCACCACUGAUCAGCUGCGCCAAGAAACUCGACAAGAUGGAUGCUCCUGCUUGGCAAAUCGGUAUUCAGUUCUUCCAAGUUGGCAGGGAUGAAGGUGCUCGUGCACAUUUGCGCGCUCUGGACGACGACUUGGCGGAGAUUGCUGGUACAGAGUUGAGGGAUAUGGUUGACACAGUGCCGUUCAAGGGCGCUGAGGGAGAACAUCUUUCUGCAGAUGGCAUUCUCAAGGUUGUGCUGGGUGCUGUGAACAGAAGAUUGGACAGAAAGAGGAGUAGAGAUCUUCACCGCUGAUAUAGCGCGAGGGAGGUACCGGGAGUUUGCUCGAGAGACGGAGAGAAAGGGAUGAGAGACAUAAUCGCUGGCAGAAUAUACAUUGAUACCCACCUGCAAAUCACCGACAAGGGAAGCUUGAAAUGACAAUCUUUUUAAUCGAUGCUUCAAU